AUUCUCAUUACUCUCCUCCAUAUCUCUCUACCCUUCUCUGCAGGCAUGGAAGAGCAAUUUAUACUUCGGCUUCCACCUUCGGUAGCUGAACGGAUAGACCGGCUCUUGAGCGAAAACGCAUCUUCGUCUUCUGAUGACAAGUCCUUGGAUUUAACCUUUUCCGAGGAUGGGAGAAGUGGCACAUUUUCAAUAGGAAACGAUCACUUCCCUGCAUUUCUUUUGGAUUUACCUGGCAUUGUGGAGUCAUACAAAACCUAUGAUGAUAGCGUGCUGAUUAAAAGUGCAGAUAUUGGUCAAAUGAUUAUGGUGAAGGAGGAAGGUGACAGUGUUCCAGGUGAGGUGGAGUACAGACAUGGCCUUACCCCUCCGAUGAGGGAUGCUCGAAGGCGAAGGUUCCGCAGAGAACCAGAUCUAAAUCCUGAGCUGGUCCGGCGUGCUGAGAAAGAUUUGCAGAAUAUUAUGGCUGGUGGAACAGCUGAGAAUAUUGAUGUUGAAGCCAUUGAGCAUGAGGAAGAUGGCGAGGAAAAUGCUCGUAAUGUAAGUAAGAAGGUGGAACCUAAGCCUCCAGAGAAGCCUGACAUACCUGAGGCUGGGACAGCUGGUGGAGAGCCAGACAGAAGCGAUUCUGAUGAGUCUGAUUAUUCAAUAUGAUGGAGGUAUAUGGUACACAAGGUGCAACUCCACAUGUUAAGUAUUGUAUUGAGGUAGUAUCACCAUAUUAUCAAUGUGAGUAAUUGGUAAUAUGAAAUUAUCAGCUGUCACUACCAAUUGGAUGCCUUUGUACUCUGUCAAAUUUAUUAGCUUUUCUUUGUCUCCAGUCAUACGGUUAGAACAACUAGAGUCAAUAAUCCAAUUAUCAAUAUAGAUGACAGGUUUAGUACUUAUCGCAUGUAGCAAAAUGUGAGCUCUUGCACUGCAAAUGAUACCUAGACAUCCCAAUCUUUAUCAGUCUCAUUCAUUUUUUUUGGAGGAUGUAGCAGCAUUAUCUUCUGCUGGUAGGGAUCUACAAAAUUUUGUGUGGUGCCCUUUCUUACCGCAAUUGUAGCAUUCAUCGUUUCACCAUUUCUAGUUGACUGGAGACCAUUGACAUCAUUUGUUUUGGCCAUUUGCUCCUUGACUCUGGCCAACUCCCUCUCAAUUGUUGCUCUUCCACUUAUUCUGCUACCAUGGGCUCCACUUACCAUUUGAGUUAUUUUAUUUAUUCGCUGGUCUCCUAUUUUCGGCUUGAGAUCCUCUCUUUUUGGUAAAGAGAGCUUUUUCUUCUUCUUUGAUAGAUACUUUAGACAUAGAGCUUCCUCAUUGGCAAGUAAACCUUUCAACUCAUUUAAGGUUGGCUUCUUGACCCAACCAUAGGCAGUAAUGAUAAGACCCCUGUAUUCCAGUCUUAAGGCAUGGAUAGCAUUCUCUGCAUUUUGGUUUCUGUGAUUGCAUUUUAGGAAUCGAAUUUGGAUAUUUCAUCACAAAUUGAUUUUAAUUUGGAGAAAUAAUGAAUUACUGUCAUAUUUUGUUGAGAAAUAGACAAUAAUUCAUUUUCGAGCUUUUGAAACUCCGCGUCAUUCUUUGCAGAGAGUGCCCUGAGUGUAUCCCAUGCCUCUUUUGGAGUCCUAGCAUCUUUGAUCCGGUGUAAUAAAUCAUCUUCCACAGCCAUUGUUAAAGCACACAGAUUUGCUAACUUUAACUUUCCACUUUUAAAGUAGCUCUGCCUUCGUUGGUAGUGAUGUGUCAUCUCCACCAACAACGAGCCACAAAUCUUGUCCAAAUAGGUAGAACUUCAUACGAGUCCUCUAGGAACCAUAGUUGUUGGAAUUGAUAUUUAAUUAAUCAACAUUUCCAACUGAGACAGCAACCUCUGUCAUAGCUAAUUUUUAUGACUUACACUUUAAUAAUUGUGUGAUAUCAAAAAAUUUCACAGUGUUUCACUGUGCUUCUGGA